GUUUUAGGCUGCAAUCCAAUACAUGUCUAUUCAGAUGUAAGCUCCAUUGGGUCCAUUGCGACUUACUCCCAGGUAAGGCUGCAGUCCAAUACACACUUACCUGGGAGUAGGUCCCAUUGAACCCAAUGAAGCUUACUUCUGAGUAGACGUGUAUUGGCUUGCAUCCUAAGCGUGUAUUGGAUGAUUGCACCCAUUGUCUCUUACAGCAAAGCAAAACAAAAAUGAAAUUAUGGUUCUAAAUGUUUCUAUCUCUAUGAUUAAAAUGCGGCUCUCUGUUGCGCCUGCGUAGAGUGGAAUCCCCGGCGUGUAAGAAGCUUCCUGUUUUGUUUCUCUCGUUGGUCUGGAAUUCUUACGGCCCAGUUCUCGGCGGUAAAGCAGAACCCGGCUGAGAAGAUCUAGGUUGCAUCUCUAGCUUUGUAGCCAGCGGUACUAUACUUCAGCAUGAACCAUGGUCCUCAGCUGAUUGCCUUUACACGUGCCCAGGAGGAAUCGGAUCUCUGGAGAGAUGGGCAUGUCCAGAAAAAGAGCUGCAGAGGCUCCCGUAUUGCUGGCCAGGAGGAAGACAACACAGCAGGCGAGGCAGCGCGCAGCUUCUAUGAGAGCCUUUUGCUUCAAACUAAUUCUGGGAGACCCUCACAGAGGAAACGAAAGGUGCCUUACGUAUGCGACCAGCCAGCACGAGAAGUUCCUCACACCCACAACCAUCUGGGACAGACAGGCAGCCGCACAGGGAAUAAGUUCUUGAAAGCUGCCCAGGAUGGUGACCUGAAAUCUCUGCGGAUGCUGGUGGAGAAGGAAGGGUGUGAUGUGAACUAUAGAGAUGGUUAUUAUUGGACAGCCAUUAUGUGCGCAGCUUAUGCUGGACAGGUGGAGGCCGUGAGGUAUCUCCUGAGCUGUGGUGCUGCCUGGGUGGGGGUUUGUGAGCCACAAGGCCGGGACGCUAUGGAUUUGGCUGAGGAAGCUGGACACCAGAACGUGAUAGAUGCCCUGCGGGACAGUGAAAGGCCCCACGUGAAGGAGGAAUCUUCCAGCAACCAGCCAGGUGCUAUGGGAAGCCCACAUUCUUCUUCCAAUAUGCAAGCUCAAGUACGCCACAGUUUGCAGACACCAGCUGAGAGGAAAUAUUGUGCUGUGUGCCAGAUGCAGUACAGUGAGGACACCGUGGCUCUGCAUGAGCGCUCCACCGCUCACCUUUUCAACCGGCACGACCCACUGCCACCCACCCGCUAUCACAUCCCUGAGAACAACGUGGGCUUCCGGCUGAUGGUGAAAGGAGGCUGGGAUCAGGAAGCUGGCUUGGGGCCUGAGGGCGCUGGCCGCAAAUUCCCAAUCCAGACUGUCCUCAAGCGAGAUCACAAAGGCCUGGGCUUCUGCAGCAACCUCAAGCCCAAGGUUACCCACUUCGAUGCCCGUGACCCCAGCGCUGUAGAGCGACCUGUAGAUCAGCAGCCCAGGAAGGAAAGGGCAGCAACAGUGGGGAAACGAGAAGCCCAGCGCAGAGAGGCCAAGGCCACAGCUUGGGAAUGCAACCUCCGUACUUACAUGAACCUUGAUCUUUGAGCUCUUAUUGGUUAGUUGUCUACAUAAUCACUUAAUGAGCACUCUUCCUCCUUCUGGCCCAGUCAGAGAGACAGAGCUGUGUUGUGAGGGGGAGAAGUCUGUCAAAGGAAGGUUGAAAGAGCUACUGGCACUUGCUGGCCAGUAGCCGAGGGGGGGGGGACCAGAUCUACAACUGGCCUUGUACCCUUGAAGCAAUUUUACGUGUGAUCACUUAAACAACGUGGAAAAAUUAGUGGGAGUAGUCUCCUUCAGUCUAGAGUAAUCGGCGUGGAGUUUCCCAAAUGUUGCAAUAGGCCACAACAUAGCCAUCGCAGGACCUCAGGUAAACAGGCCAGAGGGAGGCAGAAAGUCAGAAAAAGCUGUUGGCAUCCUUACAGGAUUGCCAAGCGAAGCAAAAGGUCAACAUCUCUGUCUUCCCUCCUUCACCUCAAGAUCAAUUAAAAAAUAAAAUAUUUGCCUUCACUCUG